AUGAGGGCUCGAGCACGAAAUUGUGUUGGUUCAGUAAGUAUGACAUCUUCCGUCGAAGCUUUGUCGCCUAAAUCUCCCUUAUCGCCAGAACAGAAGAGUAAAUUAAUAGGUAACUUUUCUCCUGUUCAUACGCGUCGAAGGAUUCAGAGUGAAGAUGUUUCGAAAGUGCUACCAGAUUUUGCUGAAUUUCCUAUUUCUCGUAAGUGCCCUAAGCUUGUGGCCGAGCUUGGUACGGAAGUUCGGGAUGUCGAAGCCGAGUUACUUGAUUUGCAACAGGUACAGAGUGAGUUAAACAUGUUUCUGACGCAUUGUAUUGAUCAUCAGAAGAAAAUUAGUGGUGAAAUACACUUUAUGGAGACAGGUGAUUAUCGUUCAGAAGAUAUAUCAAAGAGAUUAAUGCCGUAUUAUGAGUCAAGAACUUUGGAAGAAAUCCCUCCCAGCACCAGUGCAGAAGCUGAUGAAGAAGUCACCGUAGAUGAUACUGCGGCGAAUGUGGACGAUGAGUAUGAAAGCUCUUGCCCUACAGUUAACAUGCCUGGGAAGUUCUGGAAGUUUAUCAAGGAUUACGAGGGUUCUAUUGAUGAAGCCUUUCUCUAUCGCUAUUACACGCAGAUUUUAUCUCCACUUUCAUACGAGUCGUCAAAAAUUAGUGGAACUACAGUUCCAAAUAAUACAGUUGUAGCAGACAGUGUCGGCGUAGAAGGAGUACCGGCAGCAGCAAGUCGACUGACUUCACCUACAAGUAAAGCUUUGCUGAAACGUCAGAAUAGCUGUUCAAAACGUACCGGGAGGCCGGCAAAAAUAGCAAGGGUGAUGGAUGAAAGCAUUGAUUCACUUCUUGCUGAAACGAUACAGGCUUGGAGCACAGAAGAAAAAUUGAAUUCUCAGAUAUACGGUGGCAUUUCUGAGUCGCAUGAAUGUAAUGGUAUCGAUUCUUUGCCAGAUGUUCGCAGUGAGACGGCGGACGAAAUGGAAGAGCAAGUGGAUAGGAAAUUUGUGAACUGUGAAGAACAGCAGCUUGUCAAUAAAUUUGACAGUUCCUACCUUGGAAUUGAGUACAAAAAUUUAAAAGAUACAGUAAUAAGUGUGAUAAAUGCCUCGCAAGGCGAAUUCAUUAAGGAGGGGGAGAAAAAAUUGUUGAAGAAAGAAGUCACUGAUGGGGAAGCUAAAGAAAUUAAUGGCACCAGUGGUUCCCGAGUUAUGGCACAGUUUGAAUCAUUCAAGAAGACGUUAAUAAAUUUUGUAAAAGGUGUUAUUGAAAGUACUAACAGUAUUGAUAGCAAGCCGAUUGUCUCUGGUGGGAGCCUGAGUUUCAGCUCAAUAAACGGCAACGGCCUGUGCAUUCCAGCAUAUCAAACUGAAGAGCUAGAGGUUGGAGUGGAGAAGAGUGAGCCUGUGGAACUUGGUCAGGGAUUGGACCAAGUCACAGCGGCACUGAAGAAGGCUAAGGAGGAUUUACAAGAUCGAAAUGAAGCAUGCCGUUAUAUAGUUAUUACAGUUUGGCAUCGUAUGCUAGCCGAGUAUUUGCGCAACAAGUUGGAAAAAGAUUUAUUCCAAGCUACAAAAGAGUUGACUGCGGUACGUGAGAAGUAUUUUCGCGAUUACCCACCAAAGAGGCCAGCUAAUGAAAAGGAAAGGGAAGAAUGUGCAGCAGCUUUGAAAAAGUAUAAUAACAUCUUAAAUGCGUAUUACCAGAAGUAA